CUCAUACACACACCCUCACACACACAUCGAGGGGAGGGGAAGGGAAGGGCUCCAGAGGCUUGGCGUGUUCCUGUGUGGAGGGGAAUCAGUCAGCGAGCCCCAGCCACAAGGCAGCUCAUCAAUUCAUUCAGUCGCCUCCCUCCUCAUGCUGGUUCCCGCUCUUUCGCAGCAGUCCGCCGCCUGGGACGCCAACCUGUUUGUGGAGGUCACUCUGGGGCCGCUCGCAGCCUGUGGCUUCUUCCCUUCCUCGCUGCCGUGCAGCGCCUGAUGGGCUUGCCACUGAGGAGGCGGCUCGGAGCUGGACACUAACCGAGAAGCAUCCCGCGUUGCCGCGACCUCGCACACCCACAGCGGAGGGAUUUACUUUGUCUGGAAGAGCCCGUGGGCUCGCCACACGCUGAGAAGAAAAUGUUCCUCGAUCCAGACGCAGCCAAAGGGACACCCUCCCGCGAUGUCCUUCUGGUCUCAGUCCUCAUCACCAUCAGCCUUAGUGUCACCAUUGUCCUGUGCGGAAUUUGCCAGUGGUGUCAGCGCAAACUGGGCAAGCGUUAUAAAAACUCCUUGGAGACUGUGGGAACUCCAGAUUCCAGCCGAUGCAGGAGUGAAAAGAAAGCCAUUAAUGAUCUAGACAGAGACUUUUGGAAUAACAAUGACAACACAGUGCAGCAGAAAUGGAGCUCCUACCCUCCCAAGGAGUUUAUACUAAACAUAUCACCUUACGCCCCGUAUGGUGAUCCACGACUUUCCCUCAAUGGCUCAUUGCUGUCAGGGGCAAAGUUGGCUGCCUCAGCCACAGCUGGGUUGGCAGGAGAGCGAGAAGGAUGCCAUGGAGAGAGGCAGCGGCUCCGAGAGGACGGCAUGAAGAGCAGCGUGUCUGCCCACAGCGAGCCCAGCAUUGGGAAGGCGGGGAGAGGCCGAUGGCAAAUGGUGCAGAGCCACCUAGCAGCAGGGAAGCUCAGCUUAUCCAAUUUUGAGGAUUCCACCAUGUCCACAGCCACUACCCUUGAGUAUAUCCCCACCUCAGCAGGAGACCCGAAAUGCCAGCGCCCGCGCACCCUCUUGCGCCAGCAAAGCCUCCAACAGCCACUCAGCCAGCACCAGAACCCCAGCCACAGCCAGCCCACCACCAGCCAGAGCCUGGGUCACCUGCAGUCCCACACCAGCUCCUCCUCAGCCACUGGCCACCCUCGGGGCUGUCGGAGUGGGCAGUCACGGCAAGGGACCUCCGCCGGCUCCAAGCACAGGACAGCUGGUGGCCGUAGCCGCUCCAACCCGGGGAGCUGGGAUCAUAUGGUGGGGCAGAUUCGGAACCGAGGCUUGGAUAUGAAAUCUUUCCUGGAAGGCCGUAUGGUGGUGCUAUCUCUUGUUUUGGGGCUCUCAGAACAGGACGACUUUGCCAAUAUACCUGAUCUACAAACUACUGGGAACCAGCAGAACCAGAAUUCUCAGGGGGACAAGAGAUUACCCUCUGGAGGGAAAGUUGUGAACACAACACCGGUGCCAGGACAGACCCAGCAUGAGGAGAUGGAUCACAAAACAGAGCCCCGUUCAUCUGUCUCAGACCUUGUAAAUUCCCUUACUAGUGAGAUGCUGAUGCUAUCCCCUGGAUCUGAGGAUGAUGAGGGACAUGACAGCUCCAGCCGAGAGAAUCUGGGCCGUAUCCAAUUUAGUGUUGGCUAUAAUUUCCAGGAAUCUACUCUGACUGUCAAAAUACUGAAAGCUCAGGAGCUGCCAGCCAAGGAUUUCAGUGGCACAAGUGACCCUUUUGUCAAAAUUUAUCUUCUGCCAGAUAAAAAACAUAAACUGGAGACAAAGGUGAAAAGGAAGAACUUAAAUCCACACUGGAAUGAGACCUUUCUCUUUGAAGGUUUCCCAUAUGAGAAAGUGGUUCAGCGGGUGCUGUAUCUACAGGUCUUGGAUUAUGAUCGAUUCAGUCGUAACGAUCCAAUUGGGGAAGUUUCCAUUCCUCUCAACAAAGUGGACUUGACUCAGAUGCAGACUUUCUGGAAAGAUCUAAAGCCCUGCAGUGAUGGGAGUGGAAGCCGAGGAGAGCUACUUCUGUCCCUUUGCUACAAUCCUUCUGCUAAUUCCAUUGUUGUGAAUAUUAUCAAAGCUCGGAAUCUUAAAGCCAUGGAUAUUGGGGGAACAUCAGAUCCCUAUGUGAAGGUGUGGCUGAUGUACAAAGAUAAGCGGGUGGAAAAGAAGAAGACAGUAGUGAUGAAGCGAUGCCUGAACCCGGUAUUCAAUGAAUCCUUCAUCUUUGACAUCCCCACAGAGAAGCUGAGGGAGACAACCAUAAUCAUUACUGUCAUGGAUAAGGACAAGCUGAGCCGGAAUGAUGUCAUUGGAAAGAUCUACCUAUCGUGGAAGAGUGGACCAGGUGAAGUAAAGCACUGGAAGGAUAUGAUUGCACACCCUCGCCAGGCGGUGGCACAGUGGCAUCAGUUGAAGGCUUGAGAGGCAGAAGCCAAGGACUCGCUCUGGGGUUCAGUGCACCAAGUCAGCAUUUAUUGGCUACACUCUCAUGACAUGACUUUAUGCACAGCGGCUGCACCGAGGUCUCCUUGUGAGGGAAAAGCUUGGGGAGGAACAGAGGCUGAGGGAAUAAACCUGAAAUAUGUACUAAAAAAAACUCUGGGCGUGGGAAAGUGAUGUCAGUGCCCCUUAUGCUGGUUCAGCGGCACAUACUACUAUGAGGAGCAUUGUUACCACCCAACCUCCUGCUUUAGCCUGUCCUUCAGACUCCAUACUUAGCAAGAACAAGCAAGAGGAAGAGCAAGAACAGAGGGGAGCCGCUCUCCAGGGGCUUCAGCCCAGAGAAGUGAAAGUGGCCUCUUCAGCCCUGGUUUGUUUGAGUUUGCAAUGUGGUCUGGACCUUGAAGUAAUGGGAGGAGAGGAGUCUGUGAUCGCCAUAUAAGACUGCCUAUGCGUUCUUCCAGCCAAAGGCCCAUUAGGAUGGUAGCCUGCCCCGCCAUAAGAAAGCUAGCCCUCAUCUGUGGGUGCACAGACUUGAGAGGGCACACAGCAAGGUCACUUGCUCUGUUUCCGUGAGGUGGCUUCAUUAUAAUUCAAUACAACUUGUAAGAGUAAUAAUAUAAAUAAUAACGAUGGCUAGACCUUUACCCUAGCCAGGCCUCUCAGCAAAGCAGAAAGGAGCCAUGAAGCUCCCAUGGCCCUCUGGGUGCAUUGUGUGUGUGUGAGAGAGGGAGUGUGAGUGGUAACUAUGUAUGCAAAGCAGUUAUGUGUCACUUGUGUUUUCUUUCCCUCAGCCCCAGAGAAAUUUGUUUUUCUAAGAGAAAGGAUUGUCAGCCUCGCAGGGAUCCACGAGAACUUAUGCCAUGUGAGAAAGGAAGGUAGUUGAGUUCCAGACUUGGAGCCAGAGGGAAAAGAGAACAGUGAGAGGCAAGGAAGCUAUUUCAUGACCCACCUGUCUGAAAGCUGUGAAGUACAUGUCACAAACUAAAGUUUGUUAGGGAGAGACUAAUGUUUAUUUAUUCCUUUGAUCUGGCAUAGUGAAGAGACAUGUUAAAUACUGCUGAAUUUUCUCUGGUAAGCAGAUC